AUGCUCGAUCAUAGCACGCCGAUCAUUGUCAUAGGUGCAGGCGUGUUCGGGUUAAGCACAGCCUAUCAUCUCGCUCUCAAAGGCUACAAGAACAUAACAGUCCUAGACGAGCAAGAUCAUCCUUCCCACCUCUAUUCGCCGGACAACGGCUCCCGUUCCGCCUCAGCAGACAUAAACAAGAUCUUCCGGGCUUCUUAUGGCGAACAGGUGCACUACCAGGAAUUGGCAUACGAAGCCCAAUCCAUCUGGCUAGAAUGGGACGAGCAGAUCUCGCGCUCCAGGCCUGGAGAGCUACCCGCCGGCUUGGAACCGGAGGACAAGCUUGUGCAUCUGUGUGGUCUCCUCCGGCUUAGCGGGACCGGGGAACUGAGCGCGCACGAACUGGCUACGCUGGGCAACUUCGACUUGGCAGGACAUAGGGAGCGCCAGUUUAGCCUCCAAGACCCCGGGGACAGGGAACGGGCGCUCGCGGACCCGGAAUGGAAGGACCGGUUUUGUGUUUUUGGAGAUCCGGCUUUUCCCUCUGGGAAGGGGAAGGGCAUGGCAGGGGUACUCGAUUCUACCGCUGGGUAUGUCCUUAUGGACAAAGCCUGUCUCUGGAUGUGGGAUCUCUGUAUCAAGCAAGGGGUGAAAUUCAGCUCUGGAAACCAGGGGAAGGUACUUCGGUUCCUGACUACCAAAGCCGAGGGGGAGAAGGAGAAGGAAAAAGUGGUUGGCGUGCUCACUGCCGAAGGGGAACGGGAAGCAGGAUUGGUAGUCGUAGCCACGGGGGCCUACACACCCCUCCUUCUACUCCAGUCCCGAGCAUGCGCGACCGCCACAGCCGGCACGCUAGUUACCCUCCAGCUCCCUCCCUCCCGGCCCGACCUCUGGGCGCGAUUCGACCCCAAGCGGUUCCCGGCUGUCAUCUGGGGUUCGGGGGAGAGGAGCGGGCUCUACAUCCUGCCACGGAUGAGGGACGGGAAGCUUAAGUUUGGGUAUAGGGGUACAAAGUUCACCAACCUCCUUCCAGACCAGGAGCAGCAGCAACAACAGCAAGCGUCUACGCCCGUCUACCCCUCCCAAGUUCCUGAACUAGCAACCCGAAUGGUAACCUCUACCAUUGCCGAGCUUCUCCCCGAGCUCCAGGGCGUGCCCGUCCAGUCUUCCAGGCUGUGCUGGUAUACCGACGGGCCUGAGAACGAGUUUCUUGUCGAUUAUGUGCCGGGAUUUGAGGGACUGGUCGUCGCUACCUGCGGGUCGGGGCAUGCGGCGAAACAUAUGCCCGUGCUGGGGAAGUAUGUGGUUGGGAUUAUCGAGAGGAGGGGAACGCCUUACACUGCGUUUUGGAAAUGGAAGGACGGAGGAGCGAGGCCGAGGAACGUCGUGGAUCUCAAGGAUGCUUGA